AUGCCAGUCCUUUCUUCCCACCACCAGUCCUUAUCACUUAUGGAGAAGGAUAAUAAUCGAGAAGAUGACAGUUUAACCAACCUUCAGUGGCUCCAAGACUUCUCCAUCCGGAGUUCAGACUUGUCAUCCAUUGCCACUUCAUGUCCUCCUCCUCUGCACACAAACCAGGGUCCAUGCAGCCCCACCGCUGGGGAUAUAGCCUCCUGCCAGGCUCCUCGUAACGGGAAACAAAGGGUUACCCUGGGAAGCAACGCCUGGCCUUCUUUACCUACAUCUGCCCCCAAUCCUAUCCAGGAGGUAGAUUACAGAACCAAUCCUCAUGUGAAACCGCCAUAUUCGUAUGCUAGUCUUAUCUGUAUGGCCAUGGAGGCAAGCCAGCAGAGGAAACUGACCCUGUCUGCCAUAUACAACUGGAUCACCCAGAACUUCUGCUACUACAGACAUGCUGACCCGAGCUGGCAGAACUCUAUCCGUCAUAACCUGUCCCUGAACAAAUGCUUCAUGAAGGUCCCUCGGGGAAAAGAUGAACCUGGAAAGGGUGGAUUUUGGCAGAUGGACCCCCGUUAUGCAGAUAUGUUUGUAAACGGAGUCUUGAAGAGGAGAAGGAUGCCAGCUUCUCACCUUGACCCUCCGAGAUGCAACAAGGUGACACUCCACCAUCCCUACCAAACAUCCUCUCGAGUGAACAACCACCAAACCCAGCGUUCCUCUUGCGGAUACAAGCAGCCUCGGAGACAAGAAAAAGCCAAUCCUGUUCUUCCAGCAUUGAGAGUCCCUGAAAGACAUGGAGACAACCUGUUUCCUCCUGAAGAUCCUCUGAAUGGCAGCAACUUUGAUGACCUCGAUCUGCAGACCGCCCUAAUAUCCAUGUGGUGGGAGGGAGAUAUGGGCUCUUCUGGACCCAAUGCCUCAGUAGUGACCAACCCUGGACUGGAACUGGCCCAGCAAGACCCUGCCAUAGUGGAUAGCCAAUGGUUUAUGAUUCCUGAACACCACCCAACUUGGCAAGAGUUGAAGGAAGAACCUGUGGCAGAACAGUGGUACAGUGAGAAUGGCUAUGCCGAAGACGUUUUGUACGAAUGUCCACCUUGGGAACGGGCAGAGACAUUGUUAUGA